UAUUAUGAGAGUAUUUUGUCGUCUACUAACGCAGCCAAGCGGAGUGCCGAGUGCCAACUUGCCUGCUCUUGUUGUUCUGGGUUUAGCUUUAGGGUUCAGAAACGCUGUUGGAUAUUUCUGCUGUGUAGAGUAGACAGAUUAAUUCUACAUGGGCGUCACUGAUUUCUUCUGCAACACCUCUUCUCUCUGCUUACACAGACCAAAACUCUCUCCCGAUUGUUGUGGUCUCAGAGGGAGUCGGACUACAUUUAUGCCCCCGCCAGCCGCCUCCACCUCCUCCUCCGUGCCUGUUAAAGAGGAUGACUGCUCCUUGACCGGGGAUUCUUUUAUCCGGCCCCAUCUCCGGAAAUUAUCCCCUUAUCAGCCUAUCUUGCCAUUUGAGGUGUUGUCCACCCGUCUUGGUAGGAAGCCUGAGGAUAUUGUUAAACUGGAUGCCAAUGAAAACCCAUAUGGUCCGCCACCAGAGGUUUUUGAGGCUUUGGGGUCCAUGAGGUUCCCUUAUAUUUAUCCUGAUCCUGAAAGCCGUAGAUUGCGAGCUGCACUUGCUGAAGAUUCUGGCCUUGAAUCUGAUUAUAUUCUAGCUGGAUGUGGUGCAGAUGAACUGAUUGAUUUGAUUAUGCGAUGUGUCUUAGAACCUGGUGACAAAAUCCUUGACUGCCCACCAACCUUUACAAUGUAUGAAUUUGAUGCGGGUGUUAAUGGUGCUGUUGUUAUCAAAGUUCCUAGGAAGUCAGACUUCAGCUUGGAUGUAAAACGGAUUAUUGAAGUUGUUGAACAGGAGAAACCAAAGUGUAUAUUCCUGACAUCACCUAAUAAUCCAGAUGGAAGCAUCAUCAAUGAUGACACUCUUUUGGAAAUACUUAAUCUGCCAAUAUUGGUUGUGCUGGAUGAAGCAUACAUUGAAUUUUCAGGACUCGAGUCCAGGUUGAGAUGGGUGAAGAAGUUCGAGAAUCUAAUAGUUCUUCGUACAUUCAGCAAAAGAGCUGCUUUAGCGGGACUUCGAGUUGGAUAUGGAGCAUUUCCAUUGAGCAUUAUUGAAUAUCUAUGGAGGGCUAAGCAACCAUAUAAUGUGUCUGUUGCUGCUGAACUUGCAGCAUGUGCAGCAUUGCAGAAUCCUGAUUAUCUAGAGAAUGUGAAAGUAGCAUUGGUGCAAGAACGAGAGAGGCUCUUCAAGCUUUUGAAAGAAGUACCAUUUCUUAAUCCGUAUCCAAGCUAUUCCAAUUUCAUUCUUUGCGAGGUCACAUCUGGAGUGGAUGCUAAGAAGUUGAAGUUUCAGUCUCUUUCUCGCCCUUUUGCUGUUCUGGGAAAACACACUUUACAAGAAUUCCUGCAUUUUACAGGAAGACCUUGCCAAAAAAGGUGUGAUGAUUCGUCACUAUAGCAACAAAGAAUUGGCUGGUUAUGUUCGAGUCUCUGUUGGCAAGCCAGAGCAUACAGAUGCUUUAAUGGAGAGCCUCAAAACCCUAUACUGAUUCUACACAGGCUGUGAACCAUAUUGCGAAGCAAUGAACCUCUUAUAAGUAAAAGGUAUGGCUGCGGAUACUCUUCUGGAAUCCAACCUAAAUUCAACUAACUUUGUAAAAGCACUCAAGUUAAGUCUCAUUCUUUCUCAAAUCCAGUGGCAAAUGAGGAAACAUCUUGGCACUUGCUGAAUUAAUCCCUCCUCGCCUUCGCCUCACUCCAUAGUUACUGUUCUGUUCUUCACAACACGCACAUCACAGUAUGUUGGAUCUUCUAUGGUAAAAUGAUGAUUACAUAUACACGCCACAUGCAUAUAAUUACUUUAUGUAUUUGAAAAAUAUUUUACAUAUGGAAUAGGAAUCUGUGUAAUUCAGCGCCAGUAUGAUUCUUGGAAUCAUGAAAACCUCUGACUAUUCCAUACCCCAGCAUCCAGAGAGUGUGUACCUGCGAAAAUUCCAUAUGUUUUCGUC